AUGUCAUUUAGUCUUGAGGAUAUCUCGGAAAUAAAUAAGGAAAUAUUAAAUUACUCAUAUGGUUUUGAGAAAUCAACUAAUAGAAUUUAUUCUAUAGAGACUUUAUUGAGGUAUUACAAGCCACUAAAAACACCAAGGACUCUAUUCUUACUAAAAAGUGUAAAUAAACAUAAAUACCUUCAUUGUAACUCUGGAAAAUCUCAGUAUCUUGCCUCAACUAGUCCCAAAAUUUACAUUAGAAAUAUGGGAACAGAUAUUGAGAAAUUAAACGAGCCAAAUAAAUUACCAUACAAGAACAACCUCAAUGGACAGAUAAGGCCUCAUUAUUCACUUUCAUGGAGAAGAAAGCAAGGUAUAUGUGAAGUGAAUCUUGAACACCACAAAAAGAUUAUUUCACAAAUCCAGUCCGAACACGAUGUUGAAGGUGAAGUAAAUUAUUUGAUAAAGGACAUUUCUUUAAGUGAUAAUAUUAGAAAUUCCAGUGAUUUUAAGUUAUUAAAUUUAGAAAGAAGUGAAUAUAAUGGUUUAAAUAUGAAUUUGCAAGAGUCAGGUAAAGUUACACUUGAAAAAGAGCGAAAUGAUGUACACAAAAACACUAUAAUAAAACCAGAUAUACAUAUAAUGAAAAGUGAUAUUCAAAAAUUUGAAACAUUGAGUGUUGAAAAAUCUGAUAAAUCCAGCAUAUAUACACGCCAAAACCUUUCUCACGAUAAAAUUAUACAUAAUAUUGAUAUAAAACCAUCAUAUGAUAAAUUUAAAAGUAUUAAUAAAAUUGAAUAUAUUUGUCAAAGUGGAGAUUAUUUGAGUAGUACUCAUUCAUCACCUAUACAGUACUCAAAAGAACCAAGUCUUAAAGAACAAAAUAUGCUGAAUGUAUUGUCACAAUCUUACUCAUCUUUAAUAUUAAACAAUGAUUUGCAAUAUAUGAAUUGUUCUGAAACUUUGAAUUUACUUCCGAAUAAUUCUGACUUUUUAAACAUUCCUAUUUGGUUAUAUAAGGACCUAAAUAAUAUUAUUCAUGGUCCAUUUACUUCUAAUCAAAUGCAUAAUUUGUGGAAAGAUAAUUUUUUCACUGAUGAAUUAAAGAUGUGCACUACUAAUGAACAAGUAUGGCGUUCAUUCUCCGAAUUCUUUUCUUUAGGUAUUAUACCUUUUACAGCACCACCAAAAAGUAUUAUCGAAAUUGAUAAAACAAAAGAUUUCUAUAACCAAUGUACAAAUAAAACUUUGGGCUUAGCUAGUGCAGAUGUUUCAAAUUCUUAUUUAUCUAGAAACACUACAGCAGGUGAUUUCAAUUUAAAAAAAACUGAAGAUAUAUAUGAACAACCUUUAAAAAUUAGAGAUGUACAUGAAGUAACUCAUCAUAAUUGUAAUGAUAGUGGAGAUCAAAAUUAUAUAGUAGAUAUUUUAAAUGAUAAUAGUAACAAUAAAUUGUCUGAUACACAAAUAAAGUCAUGUGAAAUUUCGCAUCAAUCAGAUAAUGAACAAUCAUCAAAAUUAAUAAAAUCACCACAUCAUGAACCUUUGAAAUUAAAAAGUCAAGUACUGAAAUUACUUGAACAAACUGAAUCAGAAUCUAAACAUGCAUGGAAAAAGUCGAAUACACUUAAUGAAAAAGAAAUUAGUUGUACUUCUUUCAAACAAAUUUUAAAAGAGGAAGAGGAGAAAACAGCACUAGAAACAGAAAUUCUUAAUGAAAAAAAAUCUAAAUCCACAUUAAAUGUAGAAAAAACGGGUAGACAUUGGAAAAUUUCCAAUAGGCCAAUUCAACUUAAAUUAGAAAUUAAUGUUGGUGAUAAUCUAAAUAGCGGUAUUACAAAUACUGGACUAGUUGUAGGACGAAAAAGUAAUUGGCAAGGAUGGGGUGCUAAAAUUAAUACACAAAAUUUAGAAUUUCAACCAUUACAACAAAAUAAACAAAAACAACCGGGAUUUUGGGAUUUCCAUGAUCAAAAUGAGACACAUAUAUAUCAACUCAAUAAUUCUACUGAUAUUAAACUUAAACAAAAGACUGGUUGGAACUUAAAUCAAUCCAGUCAAAGAUCUCAUGAAGUUUCAUUGAUAGAAACUCCCCAAGUAAAAAAUCAGGACACAUCUCAAACACAGCCUGUUAAUAAUAAUAACAAUCGGAAAAAACAAGGUAAAAAGAAACAAGGCCAGAAAAUUGAUCCAUCCUUACUUGCUUUUGGAAUACGUUCUGAUAAACAUAGAAAUCUUAAUUUUGAUCUAGAUUAA